AUGGAAAAUACGUGGAAGGCAACCUUGUUAGCGGCUGGAGUGAUUUCGGCAGUUGCGGAGAAAGUGGUGGAGACAUAUGCCAAUGAAUCUGUUUUCCAAAGCUGUUUCCGCACCGAAAAUGACUUGGACAAGUUCGCGAAGUCAGUGCUUCUGGGUAUGACUCCCCCUAUUGCCUCUGAGGAAGAUUGGAGUUUCCAUCCAGUGACUGCAGGUGCCUUGCGUCGCGUGCGCGAGUCAUUGUUAGCUCCCAGCACGGUUGCUGCGCCGUUAUUGCCUUUGCUGCCCCUCUCGCAGCCGGCAGUUGGCAUCAGCCAUCGCUUGUCUGAAGCAGACAGGAAGAAAGGUUCUUCAGAGGAAGCUAUGCAUGACGUGCAGUCUCGCCGCGGCGUGCGCAAGCGUGAUAUGGCUGAGCUUGUGGCUGAAGCGGCUGGCUUGUGUGAGGAUGAGUGGGAUCUGGAAUUGUUCAGCGCGCCGUUGAAAAUCUUUCAUCUUUUGUGUGUUCGCGCUCAUGCGUAUUCAAUGUGCUCGGUGGGACACCUGCAUUCCUGGAUGAAAUAUGUUAACCGCUUUCUUUUCCACUACACCAAGCGGCCGGGAACUGCUUUUCGUUUGAUUUCCCCCACCGAGGCAGAAGAGGCGGACAAGGAAGUCAUGGGCGAGGUCUUUCGCAUGGUGUACCAUGAUGAUGUCACGUUUGAAGAUGCUUUGGAUAGCGUUGUGCGUGAAGACUUAUUGCGGCACAAGCUGUUGCAUUUGCCCAAGGGGCCCACUAAGACCCCAGCUGCUGGCAAGCGAGUGCAGGACAAAGAAAAGGGAGACAGGGUGCCAUUGAAGCGCCGGAAGGCAGAUCCGGCCGUUAAGCGCAGCAAGUGCCAUGCAUGGCAAAAGGAUGGCAAGUGUCGGUUUGGUGAUGAGUGCAAGUUUGCACAUGAGGACCGGGAAUGA